GCUUGAGCUGCCUGGAGUGGCCGGGGGGAGGGUGGGCUGAGGGCCUCGGAAGCUGCAACAGUGGCGAUGGCUCCAGCCUUGGACCGCGAGGGAUACUGGGGCUCCACGACCUCGACGCUGGACUGGUGCGAGGAAAACUACGUGGUGACCCCGUAUAUAGCCGAGUUCUGGAAUACAGUUAGCAACCUGAUUAUGAUCGUACCUCCAAUCUUUGGUGCAAUUCAGAGUGUUAGAGAUGGACUUGAAAAACGAUAUAUUGCUGCUUAUUUAGCACUCACAGUGGUAGGACUGGGAUCCUGGUGCUUCCACAUGACUCUGAAAUAUGAAAUGCAGCUAUUGGAUGAACUCCCAAUGAUUUAUAGCUGUUGUAUAUUUGUGUACUGCACGUUUGAAUGUUUCAAGGUCAAGAACUCAGUAAACUACCAUCUGAUUUUCAUUUUAAUUUUGUUUAGCUUAAUAGUAACCACAGUUUACCUUAAGGUAAAGGAGCCUAUAUUCCACCAGGUCAUGUAUGGAGUGUUAGUCUUCACAUUAAUAGUUCGAUCUAUUUAUAUUGUUACAUGGGUUUACCCUUGGCUUAGAGGACUGGGCUAUACCUCCCUGGGCAUAUUUCUAUUGGGAUUUGUAUUAUGGAAUGUAGAUAACAUCAUUUGUGAUUCACUGAGGAACUUUCGAAAGAAGGUGCCACCUGUCAUAGGCAUCACCUCACAGUUUCAUGCAUGGUGGCAUAUUCUAACUGGCCUUGGCUCUUAUCUUCACAUCCUUUUCAGUAUAUAUACAAGAACACUUUACCUGAGAUACAGGCCAAAAGUGAAGUUUCUCUUUGGAAUCUGGCCAGUGAUCCUCUUUGAACCUCUAAGGAACCACUGAUGAAUUAUUUCACCAAGGCAACAAAAAGCACCUACCAUAGGCCUGACCAAAUGAAUAAGGAUACACUUACAGAUCUACACAUUCAAACAUAUCAUCAUCAUCAUCGCAGCAAAGGAGUCACUGUUUCUGACUAAUGCUGCCAGCCACAGAGAGAUUAAAGAAUGAGGCUUGUUGGGUGUUUAGCUCGUGUCUUUAACUCAUUUGUUCUCUUCAACCUCACUUUCACCCCAAGUUGUUUGUUUGUCUAUUUUUUUAAGCAAACAUGCUAUGUAUGUAUAUAUUGCAAAUGCUGGGAAAUUGGGGUUUUUCUUACCAUGUUAAUAGUUUGUGCUGAUCAUAGGAAAUUAACCUUCAUCUCUCUUUUGAUCACAUUUGUAUGUGAAUUAUUCUUUUGUUAGUAUUUAAGUGGUGGGAACAGUCAGCUGAGAACUAGUAAAAACCCCUACCAGGUGGCUAGCUGAGAGUGCCCAAAUAGCUGUGUCAGCAUCUAUUGUUAUCAUAUUAACUUUAUGGAUGGAUGUCCUGGAUAAAAAAGCUGUCUUAUGUUUGGGAACUGUUCUGCCUUUGAGCUAAUUGGGGUGUCAUAAACUAACUCAGACCUGCCACUGGGUUCUUUAGUUGCCACUGAUAGGCAGGGAGCUCUGGGGUAUUUGGCCACAGCCAAUCAGAGUGGAAAACUUGUGGGAAACUCUCUGAGGUCCAUGCAGGUCCCUGUAGGCUGUUGUCCCUCCAGGGUGGUUGCUCUGUUUCCUUUGACCUUUACAUAUCUUUAAGUUGUCAUUGCUUUCAUGGCUAGGUGAACAUAAAUAGUAGUCUAACCUACCCAUAUUCCAUCCUGCUAUUAUAAUUUAUUUGAAGUUAUCAGUGAGUGUCAUUACAUAUGCUCUGACUUUUAAAAGUACACAGUUAUUUUGUAGUUUUCAGAGAUACUAUAAAUGGAUAUGCCAAGGGAAAUGUGUCAGCUUAACUAGAAUUAAAAUGAUUAGAAACCUGUUUGUAUAGAGUUUAGAAUAACUAUGCCUUCAUUUUUAAAAGUAAUAAAUAGAAGGGGAGAUAGUAACUCUAACAUACUUGAACUUACAACAGAACUCUCCAAAAUUAAAGUGCUGAGAAAUGGUAAUGACAUCUCAUCAUAAGGCAGCUAGUUCUAAUUUGGAUGUGAAGGUAUGACUAAUGGAAUCGUUUUCCAAAGGUAAAUUGUACCUGGGGUAAAAUCCUGAUCUGACCCACCUGUCACCAUAUAUGUAGCUGUAUACCAUGUAGCAUUUUUUUUUUAACUUUUUCCUCCUUUUAUAUGCUACUAUAAAAUUCAAAUUGUGUUUACCAUAUGGAGAUAUUACCUCAGAUUAAAUCCUGAGUUACAGCUUCAAGAGGAAGUUUUUCAUGUGAAGAUAUACAGUACUUAGGUCAUUUUCCCAGUAUUCAGUGUAUUGCCUUGGUAAAAAUUUAAAACUAUUUCAAAAAAGUGAUUGCUAAGUGAGCAAAGUAUAUAUUUCAGAUUUUAUUGUUUUACUUCUCCUAAUGGUUUUAGCUUUAGGGAAAGUACUAUUUUCCUUUCUUUAACAUGCCAACAUCCAAAUAAGCUUCCAUGUAGUUUACUUCUGAUACUCCAGCAAGAAAAAUAGUUGUCAAAAUAGAAAUCUUGAAAAACUUUUGUUGUGUAUCAGGACAGUAUGAAAUUAAAGAAUUCCAGCACUCAGCCUGUAAGACCAGUCUUUCUUUUGCCACAAGAUUCUGACUUCUGGCCAUAUUUAUGUUCAGCUACCUAGACUACUAGCUAUCUGCCAUUUUUUUAAUGAGUUCACUUGAUCUACACCACUCUCUGUAUAUAGAAACAAAGGCACAUCCUUCAUGAUAAUGCUGCUAAUUAUCAUUAGAUUGAGGCUCUGUGGUUCUAAAGCCAGGUUAGGGUUGGAGAGCACACUCUGGCCCCAUGCUUUCUCAGAGCACUUUGUUAAGUGAGUGACUCAAUUACUACCCUUGUUGAACAGAAUCGUCCAGCACCUCCUUGGGAGAAACAUCUAUACACUGGUUGACCUGUCACACUGGCUGGUUUCUCACAGACCAUAGUUUCUAUCUUGAAAACUCAGAACACAAGUUAUUUUUAACUGUUAGCAGAAAGCAGAGACUAAAUUCAGGCUCUUUAAUUUCCCUGGUUAGUUUGUUCCUUACUCAUGGUUCACUUUAAGGCUCUGAGUAACACAUUCAGGCUGUAUACUUGUGCCAUAUCAAAUAUCUAAGUAUUUUAAAAAUUACUGCUAACAUUGAUGGUGUUGCUAAAUUGUCUCUAUUUCAUUGGCUUUAAUGUCUUUCCUUCUAGGUACUGUGGUGAGCGUUACAUGCUUUUAACAUUACUACCCUCCUUGUUCUCUUUAUUUUCUUGGAAAUCUUCCUAUUAACUAGAGUAUACCAAACCAAAAAAAAAAAAUCUGUAAGAAAAUAGUAUUUUCUGAGGAAGUAGAAGAAUCUAUUCUUUUACUUGCACAUUUUAAUAUCCUUUCUAGGCUGCCAUUUUCACCCAGGGAUAUUGAAAAUUAUUAGACUAUAUUUUUAAAGGAAGAUACUGUGAAUGGUGGUUGUGGGGCUUUAUGGGUAUGUAGGUUGUAUCUUCACUUGGUGCUUUUGUGAAGCAUUGCUUUAACCUAAAGAGAUCUCUUUUAUCUUUUUACUAUUAUGUAAAUUGAUCAUUAACAGGAGAAACAUCCAUUUUUGAAAAAUCUACAGAUGAGAACCCCCAAUAGUGAUGUUUAGUUUAGCAGAAUUAGAUCAAAUAUUAAGAUCUAACCAUAAUGCAAAAUUUCUAGGAUAUGUUGAUCUGGUCUUCCCCUACACGAAGAGGGUUUUUCCUAUGCUAAGUACAAGAGCUGUGCAUCAAGAAACAUUAAAGGGACCAAAAGUUUCAGGUAUGCAAUUUAUGAAAAGUCUUUAAAUGCUUAAAAAAGUUUGUGCUAUGUUUUAAUGCCAUCACCUUCAGAAUUUGGCCAAUGCUCCUUAAAGUGUGUAACAAAUUGUUGAUGGUUUUCUUAUAAGUCCUGUAAAUUUUCUUUUACUUCGCUCUUGAAAAAAAAAAGAUUUGUUAGUCAUUUUGGCAGAUUUAGUUCUCAGUUCCAUCUUUCCAUGACAGGAGGAAUUCUUUCAGUCCUGCAUUUACUACUAGAUAAACAAGUUUUAAAACUAAUGUUUUAAAGAAAACCAGCUAUAAGAUUGGAAUUUACAAUAAUAUGGCUUUUU